AUGUUGGCCGGAAUUGAUAAUGUUAUUGUUUACUUCGAUGACAUUUGUAUGGCGACCAAUUCCGAAAAAGAAAACCUUUCAACAGUCAAAAAGGUUCUCCAGAGACUGCAAGAAUUCGGAUUUCACGUGAGGAUGGAAAAAUGCAAAUUUUUCUCUCCAACCAUCAAAUUCUUGGGAGUCAUCGUUGAUGAGACUGGAUUACGCCCCGAUCCAGAGAAGAUCUCCACUAUUCGUGACAUGCCUGCACCAAAGAAUCUUCCAGAACUUCGAAGCUUUUUGGGAGCUAUUCAAUUUUGGGGAAAGUUUAUCAAGUCGAUGAGCGAUCUUCGUGCCCCAACGGAUGCACUGCAAAAGAAAGGAGUAAGUUUUCAGUGGACUGCUGAAUGCCAAAAAUCUUUUGACAAAUUCAAGGAGAUUCUCUCAUCACCACUGCUUCUCACUCACUACGAUCCGAAGUUACCAAUUCUCGUGGCUGCUGACGCAUCUCAAAAUGCAAUUGGUGGUGUGGCUUAUCACCAAUACCCAGAUGGAUCGCUGAAAGCUUUUUACCACACCUCGAGAAAACUCACGGACACUGAGAAGCGAUAUUCUCAAAUAGAGAAAGAAGGACUUGCUCUCAUUUAUGCUGUGAAAAAGUUUCAUAGAUUUAUCUAUGGGAGAAAAUUCACACUGUACACGGAUCACAAGCCCUUGCUGAGUAUUUUCGGAUCUCAAAAAGGCAUUCUCGUGCAUACAGCCAACAGACUUCAACGUUGGGCAUUAGUUCUUCUCGGGUACCACUUUGACAUAAAGUAUACCUCGACGCAGAACUUUGGGCAUGCUGAUGUCUUAUCACGCUUGAUUGCUGAUCACCAGAAGCCAGACGAUGAGUACAUCAUUGCUGAAAUCAACCUCGAUGAACAGUUGGACUCCACAAUCAUCAAUUCAGUCGUUUCUCACCUGCCAGUGAGCCACAAGAUGAUUCGUUCAGCUACCGAGAAAUGCCCAAAUCUACAGCAAGUUAUCAAGUACAUUGUUGGAGGAUGGCCCAACUCUUCCAAAGCUAUCUCCUCCACUGAAGUGUCACGCUACUAUCAGAUUCGAGAUUCAUUGUCCGUGGUUGACAACUGUGUACUUUAUCGCGAGAGAAUUGUCAUUCCUGACCAGUACCGCAAGAAAGUCCUCAAUCAGCUUCACUCUGCUCAUCCAGGAAUCAACAAAAUGAAAUCGCUUGCCAGAAGCUACGUAUAUUGGCCUGGAUUGGAUGCUGACAUCCAGCAUCUUGUGAGUCAUUGUCAUGAUUGUGCGGCUGCUGCCAAGUCUCCCGUGAAGUCUCAGCUGUUCUCAUGGCCUCUUGCGACACGCCCAUGGCAACGUGUCCAUGUAGACUAUGCAGGACCUGUCAAUGGAAGUUACUAUCUUCUGGUUAUUGACGCACUGACAAAAUGGCCAGAGAUAUUCCGCACGAAGUCCACAACGUCUCAAGACACAAUCAAAAUUCUUCAAGAAAUUUUCUCAAGAUUUGGUUUGCCCGAAGUACUUGUCUCCGACAACGGAACACAGUUCACAAGCACACAGUUCAGCGAAUUUUGCAAAUCUGGUGGCAUCAACCAUAUCAGGACGUGUGUGUACUCACCCAGUAGCAACGGCCAAGCUGAGAGAUUCGUUGACACUCUCAAGCGUGCGCUGCGGAAAAUGGACAAUGAAGACUCCGUGGAUGUUGCUCUCCAAAAGUUUCUCUCGACAUACCGAAACAAUCCAAAUGACAACGUUCCCCAUGGAAAAUCUCCUGCCGAAAUUAUGUUUGGUAGACGACCUAGGACAAUUUUCGACCUUCUCGCAGCACCUGAACCUGUUUCUACUAGUCGAAAUGUCAAAAUGGAGGAGCAGUUUAACCUUAAACACGGUGCAAAGAGACGUGUUUUUGGGAGGAAGGAGGGAGUGUACGUUAAAAAAUAUUUUCCUGGAGGGAAAUUCAAAUGGAUCACAGGAGAGAUCAUCGAGCCCAAAGGACAUGUAAUCUACACUGUCCGUUUGCCAAAUGGAAGCAUCAUCCGUGCUCACAUCAAUCAAAUGAGACCUCGUCAUGAGAAUUCCCAAAACAGUUCUCACGACCAGUCUCAUCCUGACCAGAGUUCUCAGAGCACUCCUCCAGACAGUUCUGAGACCGACGAUGAAUUGCCAUUGUGGACUCUUUAUCAGAACUCAUCACCAGAUCAACCGGAAUCAAGUUCUGAUGAGCCAACCUGCGACCAGCGCUCGCCUACGGACCGUAGGCGCCGUCGUUCUAGACUUCGAGACCGAGCGAGUAUCCGCCCUCCGGUCCGAUACUCUCCUUAG